AUGAAUGCAGUCUCAGCCGCUGACUUCUGGUUGGUUUCAUUGGUGCCUGUCAAAUUAACGGUCAAUGCCUUGUGGCAAAAAGACAUGAGGUUCUUGGCCAGCCAGCUCUUUUCCCAGCUGGUCAAACGCUUUGACAUGUCCUUUUCCCCUCGUAUCGUCACGUUGUUAGAGACAGUGGACGUCCUGUUGGAUCACAACGCCACCUUCAUCUGCGAGGUGGAGUCCCGCCCCCCUGCUGACAUCACCUGGACCAGGAACAACCACCCAAUCCUGUACUACGACCCCAGGUACAUCACGAAGGAGCAGGGCCAGAUGCUCGUCAUCCCUCAUGUGAGAGAGACGGACAAUGGAGAGUACUGCUGCCUUGCCAACAACGGCAUCGGCGAGCCGGCCAAGAGCUGCGGCGCUCUGCAGCUCAAGAUGAAGCCUCAGAUUAAGCGACAUCCCACCAACGUGACCCUGCUGAUCGAAUCCAAGGCGGUGUUGCCCUGCGUGACACUCGGCAACCCCAAGCCAGACGUCACCUGGCUCAAAGACGAUGAGCUUAUCAAGGUGAGCGACCGUGUCAGCAUUCUCGACUACGGAGCGUUGAAGAUCCACAACAUCCAGAAGGAGGACGCGGGACAGUAUCGCUGUGUGGCCAGGAACAGCUUCGGUUUGGCCUUUUCCAAGCCCGUCACCAUCGAGGUGCAAGCUCCAGCGCGGAUCCUGCGGGUUCCUAAAGAGAAGAGAGUGGCGUACGGCAGUCAGGUUUCCCUGGAGUGUAACGCCACAGGAAACCCUGUUCCCACCAUCACCUGGUUAGAGAACGGAAACACUAUCUCAGGUGCGUCGGUGGAGGAGACCCUGGUGGGGGAGGUGAUCCUGUCCGUCCUGAAGGUAACGGUGAAUAAGCCGGCCCUCUACACCUGCCUGGCCUCCAACAGACACAACGCCGGAGCCAACACCGUCAAAGCCACCGCCAGAGUCACCGUCACAGAGUGGAGACUGUACAAGGGCAGCGCCGGCUACUGCAGUGCGUACCGCGGCGACGUGUGCCGCGGCGUCCUGCGAGAUGAUUCGCUCGUCUUCUUUAACUCCUCCCUCUCGGACCCCGAGGACGCGCAGGAGUUCCUGGUUCAGAGCUGGUGGGAGGAGCUGGACGGACUGAGCGCGCUCUGUAGCCCCGCGGCGCGCUCGCUGCUCUGCCACCUCUCCUUCCCCGACUGCAACCCGUCGGGCCUGGGACCCGCGCCCAAACCCGUGUGCAGAGAGCACUGUCUGGCCGUCAGGGAGCUGUACUGCCACAAGGAGUGGCUCGUCCUGGAGGGCGGCGCCUCGUCCCGGCCCGGACUUUACCGCUCGGCCGCCGAGUCGCCGGCCACCGGCCCGCUGCUGCCCAACUGCCAGGCCUUACCGAGCCUCCGCAGCGACCCGGACGCCUGCACACACGUCCCCUUCAUAGAUAUCAAGAAAGAUCAAGUGACGACGACGUGUUACAGCGACAGAGGACGCUUCUACCAGGGCAGCGCCAACGUGACCCGCUCUGGGACACCGUGCCAGCCGUGGAGCCAGCAGGUUCCCCAUCAGCACCGUCUGUCUGUGGACGUUGUUCCAGAGCUGAAGAACUCAGAGAACCACUGCAGGAACCCGGGAGGGACCAGCGACAAGCCCUGGUGCUACACCUCCAACCCAAACAUCCGCUGGGAGUACUGCUCCGUGCCCCAGUGUGGGGAGACAGCGAAGACAGAGGCGUCGCUCACCCGUCAGACUCAGCGGCUCCCCCCUGUGGCCGUGCCCGUGUCUCCGGCGUACUCCAUGUCGGUCAUCAUCAUCCUCCUCACUGCCGUCGCCGUCGCCGUCCUCUUCACCAUCAUCAUCCUCGCCUGCCGACGGCACAGGAAGCAGUGGAGGAACAGGAAGAGAGCGAUGGAGACGCCGACGCUGACGGCUCUUCCCUCUGAGCUCCUGCUGGACCGGCUUCACCCCAACCCCAUGUACCAGCGGGUUCCCCUGCUGCUCAACUCCAAGCUGCUGGCCCUGGAGUAUCCCCGCAACAACAUCCAGUACGUCCGAGACAUCGGAGAGGGAGCGUUCGGACGGGUUUUCCAAGCCAGAGCACCGGGCCUGCUGCCCCUGGAGUCCUUCACCAUGGUGGCGGUGAAGAUGCUGAAGGAGGAAGCCUCGGCCGACAUGCAGAACGACUUCCAGAGAGAGGCGGCGCUCAUGGCCGAGUUCGACCACCCAAACAUCGUACGGCUGCUAGGUGUGUGUGCAGUCGGUAAGCCCAUGUGCCUCAUGUUUGAGUACAUGGCCCACGGCGACCUCAACGAGUUCCUGCGGCGCCGAUCUCCCACCCAGUCGGUGCGCACCUUGAGCCGAGCCAGCCUGUCCGGUCGCAGUUUCUCCUCCGAGCUGGAGGCGGGGCUCCUCUCUUGCUCCGAUCAGCUGUCGAUCUCCAAGCAGGUCGCCGCAGGAAUGGCCUACCUGUCGGAGCGCAAGUUCGUCCAUCGGGACCUGGCGACCCGAAACUGCUUGGUCGGGGAGGAGAUGGUGGUGAAGAUCGCCGACUUCGGCCUGAGCAGAAACAUCUACUCGGCUGAUUACUACAAAGCCAACGAGAACGACGCCAUCCCCAUUCGCUGGAUGCCCCCCGAGUCUAUUUUCUACAACCGCUACACCAGUGAGUCGGACGUGUGGGCCUACGGUGUGGUGUUAUGGGAGAUUUUCUCCCAUGGGAUGCAGCCGUACUACGGUAUGGGUCACGAGGAGGUGAUUUACUACGUGAGAGAUGGUCACAUCCUCUCCUGUCCCGAGAACUGUCCUCUGGAGCUGUACAACCUGAUGCGGCUGUGCUGGAGCACGCACCCCUCAGACAGGCCCAGUUUCAGCAGCAUACACAGGAUACUGGAGCGCAUGCAUCAAAACACACUGAGCGUGAACCCCGACCCUGAACCGGACUGCUAA